GAGCCAGUCAGUGAAAAAAACGACCACUGGACAAGGCAGCAGCACUGGCAACCGCCGUCUCUUUGUUCUGUACUGGCUUUGACAACAACAAAAAAAGUGAUAUUUAAACAUUUUGUUCCUCCAUGCCAUCGCGAAGAUAUAUAGAGAUGGACUCACACAGGACGGAGUACAUGGAUCGUUUUGGGUCCCACGCAAAGAGGAGGCGGCAUGACAGCGAACAGUCUGUCUCCAGUGGAACCAGCAACUGUUCCUCCGCUCUGGAGUACACGGACCUGGAGGCGGCCGAAGCAUUGGUGUGUAUGAGCUCAUGGGGUCAGGGCCACUUCCUCGCCAGCAACAGGCCGAGCCCCUGCAAGCCCAGACCCCUCACCCCGGCUUCGGACUCUUGUGACUCCCUCUUGCCGCCAGAACUCCCAGAACCCCCAAAGGACUUUGUGUCCCUCUCUUCCUUGUGUAUGACCCCCCCUCACAGCCCCAGUUUUGUUGAGACUUCAACAUCCAACUCUUCGCUACAGUCAACCUCCGGCCUGGCUGUGUCCUCACAACGCUGUGGGCUCCAUCACCCCGGCCUGGCACCCAUCGCUGAAAAGACCACCUCCCUGCCCCCUCCGUCACAGCCAUGCCGAGCCAUGGCGACGAGCGUCAUCCGCCACACCGCAGACAGCACCCCCUGCCAACACCACAUUCCAAUGGCCCCUAAUCCACAGAAAACUAGAGAUACUGUCAUGGCUGCAGCAGUAUGCCAGCAGCAACAACACAUUACAAAGACUGAGCAGAUAACCACACUUCCAUCUCCUGCUCCUCUCACACCCACAUUGUCCACGUCAAAGACAGAGCAGCAGGUCAGUCCCUCAAAACCCUGUUUGGACAGUGUCCCCACGCCCGCUCCUGUCUACACCCAACUGUUACACAGCCCACCCACUCCCCCUGCUCCUGCAACCAUGUCCCCGCCUCCAGUCACCAGCCCUCAAAUAAUCUGCCAGAUGUUCCCUGUCAGCAGCCAAUCGGGUAUAAUCUCAGCUUUCAUCCCCAGUGCAUCCAGUACUGGCAUUCGGACCGCCAACACUCCCAUCCUUCCCCAGCCCGCCUCAGCUAACACCGCCUCUGUCCAGCAGCCCCUAAUUAUGGGCUCAGCAAUGCCCCAGGGCACAGUGAUGCUGGUUCUCCCUCAGACCUCUAUGUCUCAGCCCUCUCACUGCCCUCAGACUGUCAUGACCCUGGGCAACACUAAGCUGCUACCUCUGGCUCCAGCCCCUGUGUAUGUGCCAGCGGGGCCCAGCGGCAGUGCCACAGCCACAAAGAUGGACUUUUCCCGCAGGAGAAACUACGUCUGCAACUUCCCAGGCUGUAGGAAGACGUACUUCAAGAGCUCACACCUCAAGGCUCAUCUUCGGACACACACAGGUGAGAAACCUUUUAGCUGCAGCUGGGACGGCUGUGAUAAGAGGUUCGCCCGCUCCGACGAGCUCUCCCGUCACCGGCGUACACACACCGGUGAGAAGAAAUUUGUGUGCCCCGUGUGCGACCGGCGUUUCAUGCGCAGCGAUCACCUCACCAAACACGCCCGGCGCCACAUGACCACAAAGAAAAUUCCCUCUUGGCAGGCUGAUGUUCGGAGCCUGAACAAAAUGGCUGCUGGCAAAACACCAUACUCAAAACCUGGCCUUGCCACAAUAAGCAUGCUGGUACCUGCAGGCUCUAAGUAGACAAUGAACACUGCCAUCCUACCCACUCCCAAGAUACCACAGGGACACUAGGAGCAGCCCAGCACACCAGGCUGCUGCUAUUUUACUCACGGGAAUAAAAGAAAAACAUGCACUGGACUCUUUUUUUUCUCCUCUCUACUGCUCAUGUGUAGAUUAUUUUUGUUUACUUUUACAUAAUUGAUAAUAUGUAUGCACUCUUGCCAAAGCCUUUUUAUGAAGUUUGUCUUAUACAUUUCAUUUUCUUCACCCUUCCUACAUCUUUUUUCUUUGUCGUGUUAAUUUCUGAUAUAUAUGUCUAUGUGAAUGUCUUGUAUGUUGUACUAUGAGAUGCAUUUAUGUCAUAUUUGGGAAAAUGUAAACAUGAAAAAAUUAUGUAAAUAUGAAUAUGAAUCAUCAAUAUUAUGAUUAUACCUUGAUUAUAUCUACCUGUCUAACUUUUCAUAUUAUUUAAUACA